AAAGGACGUACUCCGGUAGAGGGACCCAGAGCCACUGAGAUUCGGGAGGCCACGCUGGCCUGUUUGGGUGGGCUUCCAGGCGGGUCGGAGAGUUCAGUCAUGUUCGCCCACGCGGUGAAGCGCGCCCUGCGCAAGAAUAAGACCCUUCGCUACGGAGUUCCCAUGUUGUUGCUGAUUGUUGGAGGUUCUUUUGGUCUUCGUGAGUUUUCACAAAUCCGUUAUGAUGCUGUGAAGAUUAAAAUUGAUCCUGAGUUAGAAAAAAAACUGAAAAUGAAUAAAGUGUCAUUGGAAUCAGAGUAUGAGAAAAUAAAGGACUCUGCUUUUGAUGACUGGAAGAAUAUUCGAGGACCCAGGCCUUGGGAAGAUCCUGACCUCCUCCAACGACAAAAUCCAGAAAUCCGUAACACUAAGACAACUUGACUAUGCUGAUUCUUUUUUUUUUUUUUUAAUAAAAAUGUUAUCAACUGGAAUUCCCACCACAUACUCCUAUCCAUUGGAAAGAAAAUUCCAGACCUGCUGAAGCCUGGAUUGGAGUAAUUUGAUGAUAAGUACUCUUGAUAAAAAGUUAAGUACAGGUUUCUAUACUUCCCAACUCUUUUAUUUGCAAAUGAAAGUAACAAUGUUGACCACAUAUAUUUUUUACUGCUCAAUAAAAAUGUGAAUACUGCCA